AUGAGCAAGCGCUCUUUCGAAGAGUCCAGAGAAAGCCAGGAGGAUGGCCUCUUGCCUAUCCAUGAUCUGCUGUCGCCCGGUGAGGAGCCUGACGCUCCAUCCGGUCCCAGCAAGAAGCCGCGCAAUUUCAUCGCAACAGUGGCAUGCGAGACGUGUCGCUUGAAAAAGACACGAUGCGAUGAAUCAAGACCGAAAUGUGGGCUGUGCAAGAGCCUCGGUCUCGAGUGUGUCUAUAAUGAGCGCAAAUCAUCCAAGCGAGAUCAAUCAUUGACAUUGAUCAUGAGUACUCUUCACCGGCUGGAGACAAAGCUAGAGGAUAUCCCCAGCUCCAUCGCCAAGGACAUCCAGUCCAUUGGAGGCCAACUGCGAUAUCAGGCCUCUACUAAUAUGGAUCACGAAAUGACUCGCUCCCCGGUCAGAAGUGACGCCCGUCCUGUCGUAUCGUCUUCCCACAUGCCUGCUCCGCCAGAGGUGGAUGACCUCGAUUGGGAAGACAAUUCGUCGGCCAAAGAUUCAGCCGGACGCAUUUCAAUCUCUUUUAGUCAACACGGUGUCAUUCUUUGGCCAGGUGCUCGCACAAUACUACCACGAAAGUUACUAGCUGACUACGAACUUCUGGGCAAGAACUAUGUCGUCGAUUUGGAGCUUUCCCGCCCGCCAUUACCCAUGUUCACCACUCCGUUUCCUCUUCAUGCGGGUGAGCACUGGCUUGAAGCCUUGCCCCUGGCUAUGAUCAGGGGGCUUGCAGAAGCCUUCUUCGCCGUGUUCAACCCCUUCACGCCAAUCAUGGAUCGGAGCUUUUUCUUUUCAUAUACUCUAGGAUCCGCGAUUGAGAGCGGAUUUGGGUAUACUGUUGAGAGCUGCCUUGUUCUCAAUGUAAUGGCACUGGGAUGCCUUGCUGUUCUGUCUCACCAAGAAGGCGAUUAUCCGCUGCCAGGGUCACAGAGCAGUCGCUUCGAAGCCCCAGACUGGGUCAAUGUUAUCUUUGAAGAACAGCCUGGUUUGCGAUUCUUCAAUGAGGCUCGUCGCCGCAUUGGAUUUCUGACUGUAUAUUAUAACCAAAUAAUCCGCCCAAUGGAUUCUUGGGUGCUCCAGCGCGCCGCAACCUGCUGCAUGUUAAUGCUCACCAAUCGGGAUGUGGACUUCAACCAAUGGGAGGGUGACAUGAAGUCCCGAGUGUAUUGGAAUUGCCUAAUGAACGAGACCAUUCUCUCUCAAGAGCUGCAUCUACCCCCGAGUGGCCUGUCGAGGUUAGAAGAGCAAGUUCCCAUCCCCAAAUUCAUUGUCUUCGAAUCUACCGGCUACGCCACAAGCCGAUUUCCUCCAAUAAAUGUGGUUGACGACUCUUUCUUCCAAUACCACUUCCUUGCUCAAGUGGCACACCGUAUCAUCCUCACACGAAUCCGCCACUCUCUCUACUUCUACGCCGAGUCCGGGUCUAUCCCUCUUCCCGCUGUGAACAUCGAACUGAAUCACCAGCUGGAGCAGUGGCGCAGAAAUCUCCCACCCACAAUUCAAUUCGACGACCCUACACGCCCGUCCAAACAAACAGGCACACCCAUAGCCACCCCGGUGCAGCCAUCACCUUCAACUCCCAAUUCUCCGCACCCAACAUCGCCUCUGCCCGCAGACUCGACUCGUCCACUGUCACCCGCAGUCGCAGUAACAGACGCUAUGUUACGCGGCCGGUAUAUGAUUGCACAGUUCCAUAUCGGCCGCCCAUAUCUGUACAAGGCCCUGCGUUUGCCUUCCAAAUUAACCGACGACGAUUACGAGCAGGUCAGAAGAGGGCUGCGCAAUGCUAUGGACUGGCCCGUUACUUGUGGCAUUUUCCGCGAUAUGAAGAGUUGUAUUCCUAUUAAGUUCGCCUUCUGUUCCCAGUUCUUUGGCCAGGUUCUCCUAUUCUACUGCAUCGCACACUCGCCUCAUCCUCGGGUACGAGAGACUCUGCCCACCGGUUGGGAGCGCUGGAAUGCUGAAAUGAUGGGAUUCUUACGGGAUUGUGCCCGUCAAAGCCCGGCUGUGGCGCAGGACGUAGAGCUUCUGCAGAGUCUAUGGCCUGCCUCCGACUGA